AUGUACACGCCCGCAGCGGCGAAACCCGUCAGCCCUACGAAUCGCACCGCCACCAGUAAGACGAGCCCCUUCAGCCCUACCACUCGUGCCGCCGCUGCCCCCGCCGGGCCAGCCCUCAGCAAUCCCAACUGCGUGGGCGUGGUGAACCCAGGGCCUGGGAACACAGCAGCGGUGGAGCAUCAGCCGCCGGUCGGAGCCGGCUACCACACCCCAGGCGCGGCCCCACCACUGCGAGGCGUACGGACACCAGUGGGCCACGUAGCAACUGCAGCGGGUGCCGCAGGACGGGUCGCGUCGUGCGUGCUUGGCACCCCGAAAGAUGUAGCGCUUGGCACCCCGAAAGAUGUAGCGCUUGGCACCCCGAAAGAUGUAGCGCUUGGCACCCCGAAAGAUGUAGCGCUUGGCACCCCGAAAGAUGUAGCGCUUGGCACCCCGAAAGAUGUAGCGCUUGGCACCCCAGGAAAUGUGGCGCUUGGCACCCCGGGAGGUGUGGCGCUCAUACAGGCCGCCUCCACCUACGGGAAUUUCGAUAUGUUCCGUUCCCAGGGGGUUCAGGGCAGAUUCCACUUCACCACUGCCGCUGCUCAGCACUUGCCGGUCUUGAUGGCCUGCCACCUGCCGCCUGCGCUGCAGCGGCUGCUGCGCCACUUCACUGACGGGGCGCAGUGCGCCAUUACGGCACGGGCCAUGGCAUUGUACGCCCGUACGUCGCAGUACGAGUACUUCAGGGAUCAACGGUAUGGUGUAUUGUGUAUGCGUUGUAUGCGACGUGCUGUCGUACAGCUAGCCCUGAAAACCAAAAACGUUCUGCUCCAGUUCUGGCCCGUUCACCUUGUUCGUCGGCAUCACUCCUCACGGCUUUGCAAGCUCGAGGCUGCGGUGACGGAGGCCCGGAGCCGCAACCCACCUCAGGACCGCUACUAUGCGCUCUCCCAGGAAGCUGUUCGACUGACAGGAAGGAAGCGUAAGCCGCCGGGCUUAUCACCGCUCCUGUCGGCAGCCGCCAACACAGCUACAGCUUCCCCAGCGCUGGCGGCGUGCGGCGGCAGCGACACUGGCAGCGCGGCCGAGGCGACCGCGGCGGCAGCAGCCGCGCCGCUGUCGCAGCCGGCUGGCUGCAUCGACGUCGAUAUGGACGCCGGCGGCUGGGCCUUUGUCGGCGGUGCCACCCUUCACUGCCCCGGCGGCGGCGCCUGCCGCAAGGCCGGCCGACAUGAGAACUGGCUGCUGUCGGACACUGCCAAUGGUCGAGUGAUGUACCUGCCCGUAUUGUAUAACAUCGAAGAGCGCAGCGCAGUGCUGCUGCCGCUGGAGGACCCGUGGGUCGGUGGCGGCUGCAGCGGCUACGUUGACCCACAUGGCAAGGAGCCACAGCCACAUGUGUGGUUUCGUUAUGAGUACGAGAGCCGAGGCGGACGUCGAGGUCACAACUUCUGGGACAGAGGUUUUCAAGCGCACCUGGAGCAGGCGAUUCGCGAUGUGGCGGGGGAUGGGGCGCUGCAUGGCGCCAAGGGAGCGUGA